GUACCUAACAACUCUCUCCCCCUGCUCCCAAGUCACAACUUCCACGAUGAAUCGACUUUUCGGCACAAAGAGCGCGGCUCCUAAGCCAACGCUCGAAGGCGCCAUCUCAAAUGUCGACAAUCGCAUCGCAAGUAUAGAUGUUAAACUAGCCGCCUUGAACUCAGAGCUCUCAUCGUACCAAGCGAAAAUGUCCAAGAUGCGCGACGGCCCCGGCAAAAACGCAAUCAAACAGAAAGCGCUGAAAGUGCUACAGCGCCGCAAACAAUACGAAGCCCAACGCGACCAACUCUCGCAACAAUCCUGGAAUAUGGAACAGGCUGGGAUGAUGCAGGACAAUCUGAAGAACGUGAUGACGACUGUGGACGCCAUGAAAACCACGACCAAGACGCUGAAGAAGCAAUACGGGAGUAUCGAUAUCGAUAAGAUCGAGCGCAUGCAGGACGAGAUGGCGGAUUUGAUGGAGAUCGGGAAUGAGAUUCAAGAGAGUAUCUCGAGGGCUUAUGAUGUGCCGGAGGACGUGGAUGAGGCUGAACUGGAUGCAGAGCUGGAGGCCUUGGGGGAGGAGAGUUUGUUCGAGAGUUCGAUGGCGGAGAGCGCCGUGCCGAGCUUCAUGCAGGAUGAAGUGGCGCCGCCGCAGUUUAUUGAUGAGCCUCCGGAGCACACGAAAGUUAAGGAGCCUGCUACCGGAUUGGGUUGAUCGCUAGUACCUGAUGUACUCGUUCUCCCUUCCCCCUGUCCUUUUUUUUUUAAAAAAAAAAAAAAAAUUAUAUAUUAUGGAAGCACUGGAGUUGGGAUGUGCAUAAUAAUGACCGUUUACGUUUCAUGCUUAUACUUCGCUUUUCAUUGCAGUCUUCCUAAACUCCGGUUUCUAGAUGUUCUAACGAAAUUCUACUCCAUUCUUCCUUCUCUUGUAUGGUAGGAUCUUGGUUCUGCCAUGGGUAGCCAAACAGAUCAACACAUACGUAGCGGGGUGCUAUCAGCUAAGCCUUGCCCAGGCCCACGAGGACCAGCAAAGCAAUGUUCAUGACCGCAAUAAUUAGCCAGAUCAGAACAGCAAGCACGGAAACAAUAAUACCAUUCUUCAUCUUCACGCC